CCGCCAGCACACACACACUAGUUUGCCAUGCAGGGACUGAAGAUUGCACUACAGCAGCAGUGCACUUGAGGCUACACUAGGGGCGGAGUUUGACCUCUCAAGUCUCAAAACAUCACUAAUCCGCGUCGGACAUUCUGGUCCAGGAUAUCAUCGGCCCUGUUUGGAGGAUAGGGGGGAGAAAAAAAAAAAAAAAAGGAGAGAGGACGAUUUACGGAAACAACACAGUCCUGCGGGCUCUGCUGCGGUACCACACGGAGGCUCGGGGCUGCGGCUUGUGCGCGCGUCGGAGCGGCGUUUGGGAUCGUUCCAUGCGGCUGGACGGAUCUGCAGUCAUCGCGCCGCCAGCUUUGUUGCAACGAUCCGGCGACAAGUCGUGGGAUUUUGCGGCUUGACAGCUGGAGGACGAGACGAACAGCUGGCCGCUUCCUCGACCAAAGUUGCCGUUCAAUGUCCAGAGGCACAUGGCUGAGGCUGCCCUGUGGCUGAUCCCGACGAUGCUUUCAACAAACCGCUCCGGAGGCGCGUGGGGAUGAAAUGGAUGGAGCCCAUGGCCAGACCAACGCACCAGCUCCCACGUCCCAGCAUGUCCAGCUGCAGCAAGUCUCCCCCCAACUCUGGAGAAGUUGCAGGCUCUAACUCCAUGGCAUGGGUGAAGAUGUUCAAAAAACCCGGUGGAGGUCUUAAGAAAUCCUACCAGCCUGGGAGCAUGCUCUCUCUCGCCCUCACCAAAGGCCUGCUGAAUGAGCCCGGGCAGAACAGCUGCUUCCUAAACAGCGCUGUUCAGGUGCUUUGGCAGUUGGACAUUUUCAGGAGAAGUCUGAGGCAGCUCUCAGGUCACUUCUGUCUCGGUGAUGCCUGCAUUUUCUGCGCUUUAAAGAGUAUAUUCAGCCAGUUUCAGCAGAGCAGAGAGCGCGUUCUCCCCUCGGACAGCCUGCGGAAUGCCCUCGCUGAAACUUUUAAGGAUGAGCAACGCUUCCAGCUCGGCCUGAUGGAUGAUGCUGCUGAGUGCUUUGAGAACAUCCUGGAGCGAAUCCAUUUACACAUAGUUUCCGACACAGCGACCGAUGCUUGCUCAUCCAAAUCCUGCAUCACCCAUCAGAAGUUUGCAAUGAUGCUUUAUGAGCAGUUUGUAUGUCGCUGCUGUGGUGCAUCUUCAGACCCACACCCGUUCACAGAGUUUGUACAUUAUGUCUCCACUACUGCUUUAUGCCAACAGGUUGAUCGUAUGUCGGGGAAGAGCGAGCGGCUGAGGUCGGACAUGUUUGGAGAAUUGCUGCAGGCAGCAAACAACACAGGCGACCUCCGAAGUUGCCCGAGCGACUGUGGUCAGAGUAUCAAGAUCCGCCGUGUUCUCAUGAACUGUCCAGAGAUCGUGACUAUUGGAUUUGUGUGGGACGCUGAGCAGUCUGAUCUCACAGACGAUGUCGUUCGGUCUCUUGGCCCACGUUUGAACCUGUGUGGGCUUUUCAACCGAGUCACUGAUGAAAAUGCCAAAAGGAGCGAGCUACAUCUGGUGGGGAUGAUCUGUUUCGCGAGUAAACAUUACUCCGCUUUUGCCUAUCACACCAAAUCUUCAAAAUGGAUGUUUUUUGAUGACGCUACAGUAAAGGAGAUUGGAUCCAAAUGGAAAGACGUCGCCUCUAAAUGUAUCAGGGGACAUUUCCAGCCGCUGCUUUUGUUUUACACCAAUCCUGAGGGAAGUCCAGUGUCUAAUGAAGAUGCACCGCGACAAACCACCAUGUGUCCUCGAUACAAAGCCCAAGUAAAUGGUGAUGUAACUGUGAAACAUCCACUUGGCAGUCCUAACAAAUUUCAGGAACCUUUCAUGGAGAAUCUGCAGAGGCCGGGCGAAACAUCGAAAAAGGACAGAGGGCAUCGAAGGACUGACCCUUCACAACACAAAGAUAUGGCACACACAAGAUCUUCAUCUCCACCAGAGAACGGGCCGCGGCCUUCCACAGAAAAGCUAAAAAGCCAUCCUCGAACUGAGAAGUCAUGCAACCAUUCGAGCAGAGCAUCUCAGGAGCCACAUGGUGCACAGAGUGGUGGACACAGCCGGAGGACCAACACCUCCCCCAGUCGCCACGAUCAGGAUGAACAAUGGGACAAAGCUGGGAAUGGAGGAAGCCGCGGCAAGUCAAAGUCCACUUGGAGACCCAUCCGGGAGGUGUUAAAUGUCGACAUGGUGCUGAACGAACUGGAGCAGCGCCGCCAGCAGCAACACGACAGCCCGCGGUGGAGCAAGACCUCAUCCCAGGAAAGAACGCACGCUGAGCAAAGCCGAGACCGAGAACGGGACUACGGGCGAACCAGAGAAGAUCGGAAGCAGAAGUGUUUAAUGACGAUUUAUGAGGACGAGCAGCGGCAGGAGACGGAGAGCCACAGCUCGGUGGAGUCGGAGAGCAGGACCAGCCAGCAGAGAGGCAGCAGGCUGAAGGGAGGCCCCAAGACUCUGCUGCGUAGCGACACCUGGACCAUUCAGAGGACAGAGUCUGGAUAUGAGAGCAGCGAUAGACUCAGCAGUGGCUCCACCAAUCCCGACUCACCGGGGGUCGAUGGCUUUGCUGUGAAAGACCAGAGAUCAACACCAGAGGCACAGUUGCAAAGCCAGCUGCAUCAAAAAGGAGGCGAUGCAAAACCAAGUAUAAUGUCCUCACCAUCACACAACGGUAAACAUCAACCCAAACCUCAGGGAAAGAACCACGACCAAGUUUCACAUUCACAUCUAAAGGGCAGUCCAAGUUCACGACGGAAAUCAAAGAACAUUUCUAGCACCUCCAGAAAAGCAGCGUCUUCAGAGAGAAACUCUUCUGGUUCAGAUAACAGGCCGAGUGAGCAACAGGAGCUGACAAAUUGUAGAGGGCACACUGGAGAAAGUACAACCCUGAGGCACAUUACAAAAACCAGCAGCUCAGAAUGGAACAGCUCCGAUGACCUCGCUCUCUCUGAACCCGAGGACAAAGAAAGCACUUACCUCUCCAGUAACAGCGAGACCGGCGCCUCCGAUUCCCAGUGUCCCCACAUAGCCCCGCCAUACCAUCCUCCCAGCAACGUGACUGCAGAGCCUCUCCAGCUGAACAACCAGCGUCAGCUCGGUACGACAGGGUCGCCUCACCUUCGACCUGCCCAACGGAUUUCGUCUCACCAGGGCGAAACAAGUCACGCGGCGUUUCGUCCCAGGAUGCUUCAAGAAACUUUCCCAUCAAGCCCUCGUCUUUCGUCCACAUCCUAUGUUAGUCCUCACAGGAAGCCUGACAUGUCGGGCCUCCGAACCUUCUCAGAUGCAAGCUCCAAGUCGGGCUCUGACCCGGAGAGGAGUACCCCGUCAUCGUGUGAAAGUGAGGAAAGACUAACUGGGUGCAGAGUGGAACAGGCAGUGCCGGCUCAAGAGGUUUCUCUGACAACAUACUUUAAUGUGGAUAACUGUAUGACGGAAACAUACCGUCUCAAGUACCACAACCAGAGGCCUCUUGUCCUCUCUGCCACGGUGCCACGGACAGUGAUUGCGAGUGAGCGGAGAGAUAAUAGCCACACACUCCCUAGUGACACACACUCACAAGACGUGCCAAAAGCCAGACCUGAAACAAGCCAUAAUAGCAAUAAACCCACUGCAAAAUGGAACCCAGUGACAGCCAAAGGACUGGAUGAACGUGGUUUUUUAUGAGUGUUACUUGGUAAGUUUUGUUUACACGGAUGGACAGUAUUAACUGGAUGCCAAAGAGUUUACAGAAUGGAAAUAUGUUCAGAAGCCCUGACAUCUUCAAACUGAGCGGAGCUUAUUUAUGCAAGCUUGUCACAUAAGUAAAACCCAUUUCUAAAUGCUGUUAUGAAUUGUUUGACGGAUUAUCAACGAUCACAUAUAUCUUCCAUUGUCCAGCGGUACUGGUGCGAGAAGAUUUAGUCCGAAAUCUGUUUUUCAGUUUGCACAACGGGUGUUUGGAGAAUUCUUUUUAUCACCUUAAGACAAGGUUCAAAUGUUUAUUUUUUUAUUUGUGCAAUAGUACUGCAGAGUUGCUGCAGAACGGCAGAUGAAAAUCUAUAUUUAAGGUCAGGCGUGAGAGAUUACGACGAGCCACAGGAGAUGCUGUGAUCUGUACAGUAAUUCUACAGACAUGAGUGAAUGGAGUGUGAUGACAAAUCACAGCAUGUUGACAUGAACAGAUAUGUUAAAGAUAGUUUAUCAGAUUAUGAUGUCAUUCUACACAGUACAAUAAAAUCAAAGGUUUGCCUCAUCAACAGCAGGUUGAAGGUAGUUCAUUUAAUUACACCUACUAAAGGAGUAAGAUUGGAGACGUGUUUCAUUAAUAUCCGGGCAGCUUAAUGACUUUAUGCACAUGGGGGACUUUAGGUCCCCGAAGAACAGACACUGCAACAAAUACUUCAGUUUUAUUGCUGGUUAGUUUCAAGCGUUAUCAUUUAUCAGUUCUUUCACAACAUUUAUGUGUUAAUGAAUGACUGCGGGCUGCCCCGUAUCAGUCAGCCAACUUUGCUGUAAAAAUCCUUCGACAAAGAUUCUAGUUUGUUCAGUUUCCCUUAAAAACUAAAGCAAAUUUAAUGCAAUUUGUCAAAAAUGUGUAACAUGGUUUAUCAAAGUGUGAUUUUGCAUGAUGGGGCAGCCCUCAGCCUAUUCAGCAGGUCGCUCUACGAUCAUGCAGCCUUGUGUUUUCUACCUUCAACUGUGCUGGUUCUUGUAAUCUUUUUUUGUUGUAACUCACAGUGAUGUCAAACUGUAUUUUUUCCAGUCUUCCUCCUUAAGUGGACAGAUUUAAACAAGUCUGUAUUUGCAGGUAUUUCCGUACUGAUGCCAAUGUAAUUGAUAUACCUAUUUGACAUUAUUACUAACCAUACAACGCAACACACAAGUAUUCUUGUUCAUAAGAAUAAUGUUCUGAAACCUGCAUGUGGCCUUUACAACAUCAUACUAGCUGUGUGUACAGCAAAAGCAUGAGCAUGAAAAUACUGGACUGUGAGUCCAACAAACAUAACAUUCUAUUGGAUUUUAUGUAAUUGUAAUAAAAUAAAUUAAUCAAAUAGCAAUUUGUAAUCAAGAUUGAUUUGGAAACUUUUUUUUUAGCAUUUAAAUGUGGUUCUCUUCUCUUGCUUACAUAUAAAUAUGUCCAUUUUAAGUAGAAACAUAUGAUGCAAACAGUCCAAGAUGUACUAUGCAUUCACUGCAAAUUACUUCAAUGCAGAUUUGGGUGUUUUUUAAAAGUCUGUACAGUGCACAUCUGACAUUCCCAAGAAAUAAAAAAAUCCUGUUGCUUCAUUUCCAAAUAUUAAUCACAAUUUUUUUGUUUUAUUUUCUGCUCAUUAGAUUGGCAAGUCUUUCCCUAAACAAGCCGCCACUUCUACAAAUGUUUCCACUUUUCGUUUUAUCUCAGUAACCUUUGUCCGGGUGUUUCUCAACUCCUCUCACUGAGCACAUCUAGUCACUAAAUCUGCCGUGUAUGUGUGCCGUGUUUGUGCUGUCUGGCACCAAAGGAUAGAUUUAUCUGUGUGUGUAAUCACACCUACCCUAGUAAUGUGAGCAUCUAUUUGCAUUUCACACGGUUUAUUCAUUGACACUUUUUCAAUUCUAGAAGAAAAAAAGAUCUAUAUAACAGAGCUAUUGAGAAUUUACUUAAUGUACACACCUGAAAUAUACUAGACUGCCUUUAAAUAGGUUGAUUGUGCUGUAGUAAUUAUAAAUCACCGUUAUUUUAAAAUAUGUGAUACAUUCACUGAAUAUAUACAAUAUAAAUUAUUGACUAAGAUGAAGCUCAGUCCAAGUAUAUUAACCAGAUUACCUUAAUGUUGUCUCAUCUGCAAAGUGUUUUGUUGUGGGGUUGUUUUUUUUGUUUUUUUUUUUUACACAUAACUAAUGCUUAUAUCAUUUAUUUACUGCAUUUUCCUGUUAUUUACGUUCUUCAUCUGUAAAAUAGGAAUUCUUUUGUUUUGUUUCUGAACAUUGUGUCUUCACUUGUAUCGAUAGUGCCUUGACAUUUUCAGUGGAACAUGUUUUUUUUUUUUUUUGAGUGAGCCACGUUUAGGGAAUGAAGGAGACGAAUGGAAGGGGAACAGAGUAUGUGAUGAAAAACUUUUGGAAUAUGCCAUGCUAACAGUGACGUGUCGGAGGCCCAGGUCUAGCGAUCCUAAAAUCUCCUUACAGACUUGAAAGCUACAAUUUAAAUCAGAAGAGUUUGAUUCGCUCAUGUGUGGAACCUAAGAAAACCUGUGCUUUUAAGCCGCGAGUGCAUCCCACCUCCUCCGCCUCGGUGCUGAACCUCAACGUCUAGUAACUCUGCAAGAUUUUUUCCAAAGCUUCACUAGUGUGUGUGUUUGCGGCUUGCACUCAUUGCCUGCAGGCUUUAUGUGUUCUACAGGCCUGUUUUUCUCCUGUGUCCCAUGUCACAGUUGGCAUUGCAUCAAUCCAGAUCCUUUAUCGUGUGCUAAACAUACAGGGACAGAACGUAAUCACACUGUAUUGCAUCAACACCCCGAGAACAAAAGAGAACUUUCCACAUUAUGUCACUGAUUUCAUCUGAUAAGUUCCAGGCUGAUGUGGCCUGAUGUGCCGGACCUGUACGCCUCACUCAAUCCUACUGUCAUACCUCUGUGGUUUUUUUGGCCUGACGUUACUGCUGAAAUGAGUUGUUUGACGUUUCAGUGAAUGCUUCAUGACAUGUGUAAGUACAGAUCAAUUUAAAGAAACAUGUACAAUCUGUCUACACUUUAUAUUUUUGUAGAUAAUAUAUAUUUAUUUUUAUUCAUUGUUGAAUAAAGUUUCAAUUACUGUA